GCUGAACAGCAGCUCACGGGAAUCAGUGUGUGUGUGUGUGUGUGUGUGUUUCUCCUGGGACAGGUGCUCCUGCUGUUUCUGUGUGUAUGCUUUUUGUGUGUGUGUUUCACUUGGUGUUUUAGCCACGCAAACAGACGAGCCGCACGCGCGACAGUUGUCUCUAGCCGGUAUGGCACGGCGACAGCGCGCGCUAUCCGACCCGGACAGGUGCGCGAGACAAGAGGAGCUUUGACUUUUUCCUUCCACAUCUUUUUUUUCUUCUUUCUUUUGCUUUUCACUUCACGGCCGGUGUGUGGAUUUAUUUGGCGUCUGCGAGCUCAAGACUUGAGGAGCGCGCGUGUGUACCGCUUCACUACGGAGGACACGCUUCAGCCGUCAGCAGCCACCAUGCUUUUGUUCGGACUCUUCUGGCUGGUCCAGUUGGCGAGUUCUGCAUUUCCAGAAGAACCCGGAGCCCUGAACAUCAUUCCUACUGAAGUGGUGAGGAGGUAUCCGGUCUUCCUCGGCAGAGCUCACAGCUCGUCUGUUAAUCAGGAGCCGCUACACAUCCAGAGAGUUCUGCAGGUCAAUCGCACGCUCUACAUCGGAGCCAGGGAUGACCUUUUCCGUGUGGAGCUGGACAACAUGGUUGGAGACGAGAUGUUUUACAGUAAGAAAAGGACCUGGGAGUCUAACAAGAACGACAUCAAAAUCUGCAAGAUGAAGGGCAAGCAUGAGGACGAAUGUCGUAACUAUAUUAAAGUCCUGCUGAGUCGACAAGGCGGUCUGUUCGUCUGUGGCACCAACGCUUUCAACCCUCUGUGCGCAAACUACACAGCAGACAAUCUGGAGAUGAUGGGUGAGACAGUCAGUGGAAUGGCGCGAUGUCCUUACGACCCCAAACACGCCAAUGUCGCUCUGUUCGCAGGUGGAAGCCUCUUUACUGCAACAGUGACUGAUUUCUUGGCAAUUGAUGCAGUGAUCUACAGGAGUUUAGGCGACACUCAGACACUGCGCACCGUCAAACACGACUCCAAAUGGUUCAGAGAACCCUACUUUGUCAGUGCUGUGGAGUGGAGAGAACACAUCUACUUCUUCUUCCGUGAGAUAGCCAUGGAGUUCAACUACCUGGAGAAGGUGGUGGUAUCACGUGUGGCACGUGUGUGUAAGAGUGAUGUGGGCGGGUCUCAGCGUGUGUUAGAAAAACAGUGGACUUCUUUCCUGAAAGCUCGACUCAACUGCUCCAUCCCCGGAGACUCGCACUUCUACUUCAACCUGCUUCACUCCACCAGCUCGGUCCUACAGCUCCAGGGGAGAGACGUCAUCCUCGCUGUGUUCUCUACCCCCGCCAACAGUAUCCCCGGCUCGGCGGUGUGUGUAUUUGAUAUGGAGCAGCUCUCUGUGGUGUUUGACGGCAGGUUUAAGGAGCAAAAAUCUCCUGAAUCAAUCUGGACACCGGUGGCAGAUGAGCUCAUCCCCAAACCCAGACCUGGUGGUUGUGCUGGUCAGGGCUCCAAGUUUAACUCGUCCACUUCGUUCCCUGAUGAGAUGCUGAACUUUGUAAAGACUCACCCUCUGAUGGAUGAGGCCGUGGCGUCUGUGGGACAGAGACCCUGGAUCAUCAGGACCAUGGUCAGAUAUCAGCUCAAUAAGAUGGUGGUGGACACGAACGCUGGUCCUCAUGGCAACCGUACUGUCGUCUUUCUUGCUUCCAAUCGCGGCACCAUCCUCAAAUUUCUCGUCACUUAUGAUGGAGACAACAUGGCAUCUAGAAGCAACGUGUUCCUGGAGGAGCUGGAGGGCUUCAACCCGGAGAAGUGUGCUACAGACUCUCCUCAGGCCAGGCAGCUCCUGUCUCUCUCUCUGGACUCAGUCAGUCACACGCUGUUGCUGGCUUUCCCAUCCUGUGUGAUCCGAGUCCCAGUAGCUCGCUGCCAUCUCUACUCCCGCUGCAUGAAGAACUGCAUCGCCUCGAGAGACCCGUACUGCGGCUGGACUAAAGGCAGCACCUGCUCCUUCCUCCGACCCGGAACCAGGCUUCCCUUCGAGCAGGACGUGGAUCACGGGAACACCUCGCAGCUGGGCGACUGUGACGGGUUACUCCAGGAGAGUUACGUAGAGGAACCGGACGGCUUGGUGUCUGUCAACCUUCUCAUCAUGUGUGCGGUGUCUGCCUUCACCACCGGUGCGGCGCUCUCCGCCCUGAUGAUCUGCUGGCUCAUGACGUUCAAGCACCGGCGCUGCUCCAGGGGCGGGGCUUCAAGCCAGGCCGGGCGUCGCCAUGCUGACAGGGAGCAGUGUGUGCUUGGACACGGGAGUAGCAGCUCAGCAAUAAGUGUGACGAGGAUCAGCGGCGUCGAUGCACAGAUGGAGGAACUGUUCACCAACGGCUGGACAAAAUCCGGAGAAAUCCAGGAUCCCGGAUUGCCGACUCCGGAGCAAACACCGCUGCAGCACAAACGUCCUGUUCCUGACGUCCAUGACCACGCCCAUCUGCACCAGACCGACUCGGAUUGGGAGCAGAGCCAAACAUUUAUCACACAGACGGGUCCGAACGCCUCCAUCAUGUACCUGAGUUCUGGUUACUUACACGGCGGAGACGGAGGCCAGCAGGACGAUCUGACUCUACCGAACGUUGAAAGGCAGCGCUAUCUCAUCCUUCCUCAUCCAGCCAUACAGAAAGACCAAAGCAGGCAUCAUCCGGCUCCGAAGACACGUAAUUCUGCUGGCGAUUACCGACCGGUGACACCUCAAGACUCACCCGAGCGCAGGAAGGUGGUAUCCACUCCGAACCCGCACUCAGAUUACAGCAACCCGCUGCACUGGAGCCAAAACAACAUCAGCAACAACGCUAAACCCAACAGACAUCACCACAACUAUCCGAUACAGCCACGUACCAAUGCAGCGCUGGUGCGACCCGCCGUCCUUCAUGCCACCAGGGGGCUUGGCGAGAUGCAGGACUUCAGCCAUGUUCUGGGAAGGAGAAUGGACAGCGAGAGGGACGUGAGGAGAGAAAGAGACAGGGAGUGUACGUCCAACGGACAGUAAAGAGACAGAGAAGCUCCCUCUUUCCCAGGGAGCCGUGAUUCCCAAAACCUUCCCGGAAAUCUGCCUCACUGCCGUCUAGAAAAUCCCACAGUGUUGCUUGAAAGUGACCGAGUGAGACAGGAUCCAAACCAAGCAUCGAGCUGAGCACUUGCUAGUUCCAGAGCCUCAUUCCCAAAAAAACCUCAACACCCCUUCAACCCCAAACCCCUUUAUCACUGAGCAUGUUAUCAAGGUUCUCCACAGCCCCUCUGCAGACGACACGGAGCCACAUUUCAGGAACCCGGAUCUCAGAAUACUGUGAAGUGUUCACUCGACUCUACAGCCAACAGUAGCAAGUCUCUCUGAGAGGAAACUCUUCACUUCUUCGCUAGUGUGUGUGUGUGUGUGUGUGUGUGUGUGUGUGUUUGAUAUACACAGCAUCCUGACACCAGAGGCAAGUCUAGCUCUCAGCUCAAGGACUCAAAGGACGUACAGGCGACUGAGCCGAACACCGAGCCGAGAUCAAACACGCUCUUUACACCUGUGUGGAAGAAGAGUUCAAAGUGACUUAAAGCAACUUGAUUGCGAUUUUAUUUUUUAAAUCGAGCGAACACGUGGACACGUGAGAGACGAACGUCCUGAUUUUGACCUGAAGACAGGCUCUCUAUAACAAGCCCUCGAUUCGUUUGUAUCAACAAACUUUCGUGUUUUUUUUUUUUUUUGUUUUUUUUU